GAUGCUGAAGGAUCCACCUGUUUGCACCUGGCAGCCAAGAAGGGCCAUUACGACGUGGUGCAGUAUCUCCUGUCUAACGAACAGAUGGAUGUCAACGGUCAGGAUGACGGAGGCUGGACGCCAAUGAUAUGGGCUACGGAGUACAAGCACGUGGAGCUGGUGAAGCUUCUCUUGGCCAAAGGCUCCGACAUCAACAUCCGAGAUAACGAGCAGAAUAUCUGUUUACACUGGGCUGCUUUCUCCGGCUGCGUCGACAUCGCUGAGAUCCUCCUGGCUGCGAAAUGCGACUUACACGCGGUCAACAUUCACGGGGAUUCCCCCUUGCACAUCGCAGCCCGGGAGAACCGCUACGAGUGUGUAGUCCUGUUCCUCUCCCGCGGCUCCGACGUGGCCCUGAAAAACAAGGAGGGCGAGACUCCGCUGCAGUGCUCCAGCCUCAACUCUCAAGUCUGGGUUACUUUGCAGAUGAACAAGACCCUGAAAGAAUCGGCUCCAGAGAAACCCGCCCAGGUGGAGAAGAUACUAAGCAGUGGUCACGGAAGCGAUGGACGGCUGCUUCCAGAAUUCAACACGUCGGAACCUCCGCUAAUUUUCGAGUGUAACCACGCCUGUUCCUGUUGGAGAACCUGCCGGAAUCGGGUGGUGCAAAAUGGACUCCGGACAAGGUUGCAACUUUUCCGGACGAGGAAGAUGGGCUGGGGUGUAAGGACAAUGCAAGACAUUCCACUGGGGACCUUUGUGUGCGAAUACGUCGGAGAGCUGAUUUCUGACUCGGAGGCCAACGUACGUGAGGAAGAUUGCUAUCUUUUCGACCUUGGCAACAAGGACCGGGACGUCUACUGCAUUGACGCCCGCUUCUACGGCAACAUCAGCCGCUUCAUCAACCACUUUUGCGAGCCCAACCUCAUUGCCGUCCGGGUCUUCAUGUCCCACCAGGACUUGCGGUUUCCCAGAAUUGCCUUUUUCAGCAGCAGACACAUAGAGGCGGGAGAAGAAAUCGGGUUUGACUACGGCGAGAGGUUCUGGAACAUCAAAGCCAAAUACUUCAGCUGCCUCUGCAACUCGCCCAAAUGCAGGCACUCCAGCGCCGUCCUGGCCGAGCGGCAGGCCAGCGCUGCUGCUGAGGCCCCCGAGAACAGACUCCCGGACACCAGUUCGGCCGCCUUGGCAUCCCCCCCUGCCUUCGGAGGCCUCCCCUGA